UACCUCUCUUUUGGGCUUUGACAAGUCACGUCUUACGAAGGGUUUUUGGUUUUGGUUGAAUCGAAAAAAUGCUAAUUUUGUCCUGAAAAGAAAAAUAAAUAAAAUUAAAUUAUAAUUAAUUACCAACCUAUCACAAGUAGAAUAACAAAUGUCUGCUUUAAAGUUAUUGUCGUUCACAACGAGCUGUUUAGCUCGAAGUGGUGUUGGACGAAGUCAAAAUAAAUAUCUCCUACCGACCGGCAUAUCAAUUUUCAACAAAAACUACAUAAAUUCCUGGGCACCUAAGCAAUCAGCCUUAACCUAUCCACUUAAUGGUGAAUUGAGACUUCUGGCAACCACUCCAUUUGGGCUGAAUAAUUAUUCUAGCAAUACUCCAAAAUUCAGUACAAAACGUCCAAUCAAAGCAGAUGACAGUGACAAGUCAACCCCAUUAGUGGACCCUACCAAUGCUGAUGAUUUAAUUUUCGGUGAAGCUUCGAAAUUAACUCAGUUCCAGAAGUUUAAACUGAUGUACAAGAAGUACUGGUAUGUCUUGAUUCCAGUGCAUGUAGUAACUUCUAUAAGUUGGAUUGCCGGCUUCUAUUAUCUUUCAAAGAGUGGAGUUGACAUUCCAUCCAUGCUCCAGUAUAUACAUCUUAGUGAGACAAUAAUUGAUAAGGUCAAAAAUUCAGACAUGGGUCAUUACGCAAUAGCAUAUCUAUGCUAUAAGGUGAUAACACCAUUGCGGUAUGCAGUGAGCUUAGGCAUGACAACAGUUUCUAUUAAACGACUGGUAAUGGCGGGUUACAUUAAACCAAUGCCAACUAAAAAAGAAUUUAUGCAAAUGUACGAGAAGCAAAAAGCAGAUCGCGCGAAGCGCAAGGAAGAUGAAGCCAAGGCCUCAAAGGAAUAAUAAUGGCUAUAAAGUUUUACAUUGUUUUUUUUUUCAUAAUUAUAAAAUGUUAAAUACCCAUGGUUGCGGAAAUCGUUA